AUGGCGACCGUCUACCGAGGGCGGCGGCAGCUGGAGGACGACGACGGCGCGAUGCAGGGUCUGAUCCUGCCGGGGAGACACGAGCGUCGGCCGAGGAGCUCCGCCGCUGCUUCUGCUGCAUCUCUCGACGACCUGCCCGCAAAGAGGAUGAGGCGAGAAGAAACACAAGGGAGCGGCAACGAUGCGUCCAGGGCUCCUCCUCCUCGCCGUCCCCACAAGGACGGAGCGCCGGCCCCCGCUGCAUUUACCACCAGCAGGGCAGACCGUCGCGAGCAUACACCGGGAAGAAUCGGAGCCAGAGCUGGUCGCUCUGCAGCAUCCCCUUGGGACAACGUUUGUUCUUCCUUGCCUGCCCCUCUACGCCCUUCCGGCUCCUCCUCGAAAUCAAAAGGAUCUUCUUAUUCGUCGUGCAGGAACACCCAGGUUGCUGACAGAAGGCCCUCAGCAGCUGCUGAUAGAAAUCCGAAGGUCACCGAGGAGAUGAUGCAGGAGAUGGAUUAUGACGCCGACCGCGCUUGGUAUGACCGUGAAGAAGAACACGGCACUAUGUUCAGUGCUGACAAUUGUCUUGGAGAUGAUGCUUCCCUUCGAAUUAACAAGACCGCAAAGCUGACUCGCCAAGAUGGUACUCGGGUGACUCUUGCCCAGACCAAAAGGCUGUCGCAUAUCACCGCCGAGAAUGCUCGGUGGGAGGACAGCCAGCUGUGCAGAUCCGGAGCCGUUCGAAGGACAGGGGUGCAGACAGAGUUCGAUGAUGAAAAUGAGCGUAGAGUGACACUACUUGUUCGUGACACGAAACCCCCGUUCCUCGAUGGACGGGCUGUGUUCACAGAUCAAGUGGAUACUGUGACGCCGCUCAAGGACCCGACGUCCGACAUGGCUAUCAUCGCGCGCAGAGGGUCUCUUUUGGUCAAGGAGAUCCGUGAGAAGCAGAGUAUGAACAAGUCGAGACAGCGCUUCUGGGAGCUUGCCGGAUCGAAGCUUGGUGUUAUUCUGGGUGUUGAGAAAACAACUGAACAGGUUGAUACUGAUACAUCAGUUGCUGGUGGUUUCAAAGAGAAGCUGAAAUUUUCACAGCACAUGAAGGGAAAAACAGAGGCCGUCAGUGAUUUUGCAAAAUCGAAAUCUCUUGCUGAGCAGAGGCAAUAUCUUCCCAUAUACGCUGCCCGGGAUGACCUUCUAGAGGUUGUGCGUGAGAACCAGGUGGUCGUGGUCAUUGGCGAAACUGGUUCCGGGAAGACUACCCAGCUCACUCAGUAUCUUCAUGAGGAUGGAUACACCAGGACUGGCCUCGUCGGUUGCACACAACCAAGACGUGUGGCUGCCAUGAGUGUCGCUCGGCGUGUCAGCGAAGAGAUGGGGACUGCGCUUGGGGACGAAGUUGGAUAUGCUAUCCGGUUUGAGGAUGUCAUGUGUCCUACCACGAAGAUAAAGUACAUGACAGAUGGAGUGCUUCUCCGCGAAACAUUGAAGGAUGCUGACCUUGACAGAUACCGGGUUAUCAUCAUGGAUGAGGCGCAUGAGAGAUCACUCAACACUGAUAUUUUGUUCGGUAUACUGAGGAAGGUUGUUGCACGUCGACGGGAUUUUAAGCUAAUCGUCACGUCUGCAACACUAAAUGCAGACAAGUUCUCGAAAUUCUUUGGAGGCGCGCCUGUAUUUCACAUACCAGGCAGGACAUUUCCAGUGAAUAUCCUGUUCAGCCAAACGCCGUGUGAAGACUAUGUGGAAGCGGCAGUGAAGCAGGCCAUGUCAAUCCACAUAACGAGUGGCCCUGGGGACAUACUCAUCUUCAUGACCGGGCAGGAAGAGAUUGAGGCUGCUUGCUAUGCGCUUGCCGAGCGCAUGGAGCAGCUAGUAUCAUCAUCCACCAAGCCUGUACCCAAUCUCUUAAUCUUGCCCAUCUAUUCACAGUUGCCUGCUGACUUGCAGGCCAAGAUUUUUCAGAAGGCGCAAGAGGGCACUCGCAAAUGCAUCGUUGCUACCAACAUCGCCGAGACGUCCCUGACAGUAGAUGGUAUUUUGUAUGUCAUUGAUACCGGGUAUGGAAAGAUAAAGGUACACAAUCCACGGAUGGGCAUGGACGCUCUUCAGGUGUUUCCAUGUAGCCGAGCAGCGGCAGACCAGCGUGCGGGGCGUGCAGGAAGAACUGGUCCUGGCACAUGCUACAGGCUGUUCACCGAAUCAGCUUACCAGAAUGAGAUGCUCCUUAACCCCGUGCCAGAGAUCCAAAGGACCAACCUUGGGAAUGUGGUCCUUUUGCUGAAAUCCCUCAAUGUCGAAAAUUUGCUCAAUUUCGACUUCAUGGAUCCACCUCCGCAGGAGAAUAUCCUGAACUCCAUGUACCAGCUCUGGCUCUUGGGCGCCUUGAACAAUCUUGGUGGCCUUACAAGUCUAGGUCGUAAGAUGGUGGAGUUCCCAUUAGACCCAACCCUGGCAAAGAUGCUUCUCAUGGGGAAGGAGCUGGGGUGCCUUGAGGAAGUACUGACAAUUGUGUCCAUGCUCUCGGUGCCAUCGGUAUUCUUCCGGCCAAAAGAUCGAGCAGAGGAGAGUGAUGUCGCAAGGGAGAAGUUCUUUGUCCCGGAAUCUGACCAUCUGACACUCCUCAAUGUAUACAAGCAAUGGGAGUUGAACCAAUGCAGGGUAGACUGGUGCAGUGACCACUUCCUCCAUGUCAAGGGUCUCCAGAAGGCUCGGGAAGUGAGGUCUCAGUUGCUGGACAUACUAAAUGCCCUGAGGAUCCCGUUGACUCCAUGCUGUAUGGAAUGGGACGUGGUGAGGAAGGCCAUCUGCUCAGCAUACUUCCAGAAUUCCGCACAGCUGAAGGGCAUUGGAGAGUACGUCAACUGUCAGAAUGGGAUUCCGUGCCACCUGCAUCCCAGCAGCGCCCUCUACGGUCUCGGCUACACCCCUGAGUACGUCGUCUACCACGAGCUUGUCCUGACAGCCAAGGAGUAUAUGCAAUGUGUCACUGCAGUUGACCCACAAUGGCUGGCGAAGUUGGGUCCCAUGUUGUUCUCUGUGAAGGAGGGCAACACCUCCUUCCUUGACCGCGGGAGGUGGCAUGAUGAGGAGAAGUCGACCAUGGAUGAGAUGGAGAAGAUGAGGCAGGAGCAAGUGGAGGCGGCAGGCAGAGAGAAUGGGAGGCUGGAGAAGAGAGGCAAGCGGCAGCAGGUUGCUAUGCCGGGACUGAAGAAAGGUUUGGCGUAUAUGAGGCCCAAAAGGAGGAUGGGUUUGUAGGUAGGAAAUGUUGAGUGGGUAUGUUUGAUGUGCUGAUAUAGUCUACCCUCUUAGUAUGUA